AGUCCCCGUGGUCGAUCUAAUUCUGUCAGAGCUUUUAGAGGGAGGGGGGGGGUACAGGCUGCUCUAUCUACCACACCAGCCCCAACCAAGCAAAGGGUAAAGACACUGACCACCUCAACUUGGUCUCCGUCUGUCUCCUCAGAGUCAUCCACUGGGACGGAAGUCACCUAUCAGGACCACCUCACAGUCAUCUGGACCCAUCAAGAGUUUUUGACUUCUGGAACAACAAAAGAAAAGUGCAGAAUUAAGUCCUGAGAAUGGAAAAAGAGGUGUAGUGUUACCAGCGGUGGCCAAAGGGUUCAGAUUUUCCACAUAUCCUCAGCACCAGCCAUUCACAUGACGUUGGUGGGUUGGAAUUAAAGACUGGGAUUAAAUUACACAGACGAGUUGAGGAUCUAAUAUAAAUAUUUGUUUUCAUGGCAACAUAAUCUGCACAAAGGAUUUACUGUUGGAAUCGGACUUUUAUUCUGAAACUAUGACUGAAGCAGUUGAAGCACGGUCGUCGACCACCACCACCACCAUGGUCAUCGACAAUAAGAACGUAGACGCCGGGUCGCCGUCUGCACGGACCCCCAAGAAAACGUUCACAGAUGACCUCUACUCUACUUUCAGCUCCCCGCUGGCCUGGAUCUUAGUUCUGGCUCUCAUCAUUACAUGGUCUUGUGUUUUUGUCAUCAUGUUUGAUCUGCUGGACUACAAGACCAUCUCAGGUCACCCACCUCCUGCCGUCAGGAAGGUUUUAAAGGAUUCAGGGCAUAGAGGAGGCCUCACCAAGAUCGGCUCGGACCCCGUGAAGGCGGUGAAUGAUGCUGUGGAGGAAACAGCAAAUGUGAUCAGUGUAAUAUUAAAAUUUGCUGCGAACCUGAUCGCGCCUGAAGAAGAUGAAGGAAAUCUAUACGCAGUAAGAAAAAAAGGAGAAUUUCUACCGUCUCGAAGUAAAGUCUUAGAGAUGCAAGCAAAGAAGAAAACACCAGUGGCUGAAGUUGUGGAGGAGGAAGAGGAGGAGGGAGAGGAGGGAGACGAAGAGGAGACUGCUGGGGAGGAGGAGGAAGAGGAGGAAGAAGAGGAGGAAGAACUAGAGGAGGAAGGGGCGUAUGAGGAGGAGGAAUAUUAUGAGGAGGAGGAAGAUUAUGAGGAGGAGGAAGAUUAUGAGGAGGAAGAGUAUGAGGAGGAGGAGGAGGAGGAGGAAGGAGUGGAGGAAGAGGUAGGCGGAGUUGAAGAUGAUGAGGAAGACGAAGAAGAAGAGGCAGGAGCAGAUGCAGUGGAGGAAAUGGACAAAAAGAAAAAGGAGGAGGAGGAAACUGAUGAAGAUGAUGAAGAUGAUGAAGGUGAAUCAAAACAGGAGGCAGUAGAAGAGGUGGAUGAAGACGAUGAAGAUGAAGAUGAUGUCAAAGAGUCUGCUGAGGAAGCUGCUGAUGCUGAUGCUGAUGAUGAUGAUGAUGAUGAUGAUGAUGAUGAUGAUGAUGAUGAAGAAGUUUCUCCUGAACCUAUUUCCACUUCUGAGGAUGAAGAGUCGGCAGCAUCUCCUGAUUCUGAGUCUGACUCACCUGUUGAUGUCAAAGACAGCGACAAAGACGUCGCUCGACCUGUCGAUGAUGAUGAAAAAGACGAUGAAGAACAUGAUGAAGACGAUACCAGUGAUGAUGCAUUCACUGACACCUCAGAUGUCACUGAAUCUGAACUUCUUUCCAGCGAAGAGGGAGACGAGAAGGAUGAUGACGACGAUGAUGAUGAAGACGAUAGAUUAGCUGAGGGUGUCGCAACAUCUGAUAGCGAUGAUGUCAUUGCAGAAGACAGCGAUGACGACCUGGAGCUUGAUCUUCCUCCUCAGCCUGCUGUCAAAGACGACGACAAAGAUCUGGAAGAAGACAUUAAAGUUGCUGAAGACACUGAUGAGGAUGAGGAUGAUGAUGAUGAGGAUGAUGAUGAUGAUGAUGAUGAUGAUGAUGAUCUGGACAGUUCAGAUGAGGACAUCUCUGUUGCCUCCUCUGAGCACUUUGCAGAUGAUGAACAUGACGAGGAAGACAGUGACCUCAAAGACUAUGACCUCGACAUUGACAGCAACCUUGACAUAGACGUCCACAUUGACCUUGACGAUGAUCAUGACAAACUUGAUGAUGUCAUUGAAAAGGAGACAGAUGAUGAUGAAGAUGAUGAUGAUGAUUAUAAGGAAGUUGAUGUCUCUCCCUUUGAGAGUACAGACAGUGGAGUCUUAGGCGAUGAUGAUGACGACAUUACUCUUAAAACAGAUGAAGAGUCUGUUGGAGAGACUGUCUUCAGUGAUGACGUCUCCUAUGAUACGACAGACGACGAUGAUGAUGAUGAUAAAGAUAUUGAUAUUGAUACCAGCUCGUUUGAGUUCACCUUUGAUCAGGAAGAAGAGAUCAAAGAAACAUUUCUUGACACUGAAAAAGAUGAAAUCACAUCAGAGUCCUUAGUCAGUGAGGAUGAUGAAGAUGAUGAUGAUGUUGAUGAUGAUGAUGAAGAUAAUGAAGAUGACGAUGAUGUUGGUGACGUCUUGCUUACAGCCACCACUGCAGCAGCCUUCACUGUCCACGAGGCGGCAGUAAAGACUGAGGCAGAUGGGGAUGAGGACGAGGACGAGGACGAGAUCAGCCAGGCUGAUGAUGAAGACCAGACUGAGGAGGAUGAGUCGGAAGAAAUCGUUACCAGUCAGCCUGCUGCUCUCGAGGAGGAGCAGCAGGGAGACGAUGAAGAGUCGAUGGCUGGAACACAGAAAUCUGUCGAUGAGCCAGAAGAUGAAAAAGAGGAGUACGAUGAAGAUGACGAUGAGGAGAAGGCGACGGUGGAUGUGAUUAAGCCUUUGCCUGAACCCGAGGAGGAAGCCACAGUGUGUUCCUGUAUGCACUCUGCCAAGACCAAAGAGUCUGCAACCAAGAGCACAGAGAAGAAAGAUGCUCCCAAGAGGGUUUCAGCUGUGAGAAGGAAAAAAGACCAUGAAGAUGAAAAACCACCAAGGAAGGGUCUUCCCAGAAUUGCAGGUCUGCAGCCGAAAAUCAAGAGGGUCAGGAGAAUUCCUGCUCUGUUCAGAGCCAAGAGAGAGGAGAAGACCAAGACGUCCAAAACAGAGACAGAGACCAAAAAACAAGAAGAGGUCCCAGAAUCUGGACAAGAAGUUGGCCCCUGCAGGCCUGCACCAGUCUACUGCCCGUCCCCUCCCGGCUGGUAUGUUCAUCACAUCGUCACAGACAACCCCUACCCUCCUCCAACCAUGUCAGCUCCGUCUGCUCCUGUUCUGACCGUCCAUCCUGGAGCUCCACAGAUGCAUCCUGUUUACCAACAGCAACCUCCACCUCCACCUGGGCUGUACGCUCAAUAUCAACCAUAUCCACCGCCACCGCAGCCGGUGAUGCAGCCUCAACCAGAACCAGCUCAACCAGGUGAACCAGUCCAGCCUGAGGCCCCAGAACAAGAGGCUCCUGUUCAGCCUGAGGUCCAGACUCCAGCUGCUGAAGCCCAGCCAGCUGCAGCUCUGGUCCAGGAUGCAGUGACUGUUGAGGAACAAGUGAAGGCUGCUCCUACCAAGAAAGCUGCAAAGAAGAAAACAAAGACUGCUGAUUCAGACAAAGAGCCAGCAGCGGUCAAAGAGAAAACAAAGAAAGAGUCAGCUGCAAAAAAAGAGAAAGUCAAAAGUCCUACAGUAGCUAAGAAAGAGCCGGUGAAAGAGAAAACCAAAACGGCUAAGAAAGAGCCUGCAGCUGUGCAACAGAAGAGGAAAUCAUCCUCUGAAAAGACAGAAGUGUCACCUGUCAAGAGCAAAGCCAAGACAUCUACUUCCAAGAAAGAUCCAGAUCCAGAACCACGUCCACAGCCGCUCAGACUGAGAACAAGACUAGAAACCAUCAAGAGGGCGAAUGUCACGUCUCAGGCCAAAGAGGAGAAACCUGCCAGGUCUUCGUCUGAACCAGCUAAGACAAGAUCAAAAUCAGUGGCAGAUAAGAAAAGCAAAGCUGAAAAGGCUGAAAAGAAAUCUGCAAAAGAGGCUCAAGAUAAAGAGAAACAACCAUCGCAAGCUAAAGAGCAUCAAAGUGAAGACAACACGACAGAGAAGAAGAAACCAGGCCAGAGAUACUUCCAGUGCAUUUAUGUCCCUGGUAAAAAUGCACAGUACCCCUUGCGACCUUUCACCCCAGCUAUGUCCCCCACCAUGAUGUCCCCUGCACUCAGGUCGAUGUUGGAGCAGCAGCGAGCAGCCAGGGCGGCGGGGCAGUAGGACAACCUGACCUCUCACUUCAUAUCUGACAGCACUACUCUCCCAUUCCAGCAGGGGGAGACGUUUGAAUCUGUGGCAUCCUGAAAUUCACAGGAGUGCCACACAGAGACUGACAGAGAAAAAAGUGGACACAAGUAUUUUGUCUUUAAUUUAUUUAUGUAUUUAUUUUCUCUCUUUGUGGUUGAGCUCCUGGGGUUUCUGUGGAUAUUUCACCCUCUGCCGUUUUGCUUCACUAGUUGUCACUUCCACGCUUUGCUUGUGCCUUAGAUACAAUGUAAUGUCACCAGUAUCCAAACAAGAAAGUAUUUUUGUGAAUAUUCUUAACUCAAUAUAAUGUACAUAAUGCAUAUGUUUCUAAUUAAGGCUGAGAUAAAAGGUCAUACCUUAGCAUGUCAUUUUUUUGUCUCCGCGAUAGACAGAGAUUAGAUCGACCGGUAGAUAGAUUAGUUUGAGGGAGUUGCACAUACAAACAUAACGUUUUUAGGUUUUAAAGGUCUUUUUAGCCACACAUCACCUGGAUUAGGAAAAAGUAGAUUCAUUUCAUAAAAAGCACCAAUUUGGACAAUGUCUUGCACUGAAAUGAUAAUGGAAAAGUUUACUAAGAAAUUAUAAAUAACAAAGAGUUUGUAAUAUUGUUUUUAAAUCACUCAUGAAUUAAAAAUCCCUUCAGGUGCAUGAACAUGUUACUUUUUUUUUACUACACAAGCCACUGAAAAACAAAGAAUUGCACUCAACCUUUUUAAAUCAUAACAUCAUUAUAAAGAACAAAGAACAUGGAGUUAAAAGUUGCAGCUUCUUUUAUUUCCAGUUUUUUUUUAUUUUAAAUCCUCAUCAAAUUUCACCGUGUUGCAGCCGUAACCUCCCCGGCCUGUGUUUGUUUAGUUUUUUGGCCGCUUAGCUGCAUCUGCAUCAGAUUAGCAUGCGAGUGUUGCAGGGUCAAAUCCCAGGAGCUCCCACAGUUGAUCCCAGCAGCCUCCCUGUCUUUGAUCAUGAGUGUGAACAUCCAUCAGUCUCAGCAACAUGUUCGCGCAUGCUGAUGAGAGAUGAGACACGUUUACUAGACAUAAUAAUAAGAGGCAGGACUGAAGAAGACCUGCAUCUGCAUUCAACUGCUAGCUGCACUCUCCAGUUCACCCUCACCUGUGUUAUUUACUGUCAUUUAAAGGGACUUUAAAGAGAUACUUGUGGUAUAUAUAUUGUGGUAAUAUGUUAUAUGAUCCUAGAGACUGAUUGACCAGAAGUGGCAUAUUAGACCAAUAAAAAUAUGGAUAACAACACAGGUUUACAUACAUCCAAAAUGCACCGAAAAGAGCUGCCGAAAUUAAUAUAAACCCAGAUCCAAUUAAGAAGCAUAUUCAAAUAGAAGAGAAACAAAAUGCAGAUACAAAUCUUCAGUGUUAAAUGAUGUAAAUAUAAAAUCAAGUUUUUAUGAGAUAUAUUCUAAUGUCAGGUGUAAGCACAGUCCAGGUUUGUGUUUAUGACCUGAAGCAGAGCCUCACAUAUGGACUGAUACAUCAGUGUGUGAGCGUCAAAUAUGUGUUAUUGAUCACAAAUUAAUUCAACGUCAGUAAUAUCAGCGUUGUAAUUUCCUCACACUGACAUUUAACGUCUCUUUUUUGCCUCGUUGUAUAAGUUUAGAAAGUUUUUCCUUGAACUUUAAGUCAUUGAAGCCAAAGAUUGGCAACAAAGCAGCUUUAUGUUUUUUAUGAAUUUUAUCUUUAUCUUAAAAAAUGAAGUGCAGUUCAUGGAUAUUAAGUGUCAUGUAAUUGUGUAUUUGAACACAUAUGAUCUCAGAACUCUUACAGUGUCGCUGUGUUCGACACAAAUCUCCGUUGUUUGUUCUCAGUGUGCUCAGAGACAGGGAACCUGCACAGGGCGACUCUGACGUGACCAACUCAUGAGACGCUGUGAUGUCUGCUACAGUGGAAGAAUAAUGUCAUGUGUGUCAUGUUAAUCAUCAGCUUAUUUAUUUAUUAAUCAAGCCUGAUGCGUCACUUUUUUUUUUUUUCACUUACCUCACUCGUUCAUAUAGCUCUGGUUUUGUAGCUUAGCAACGAGGCUGCCUUUGUUGUUGCUGCAAAACUGUUGCUGAACAUUACCAGCAGUUUGCUAUUGUUGUCUUACUGAAGGAAAACCUCAGAUGAACAAGAACCAAAAAAGGUUUUCACACUGGGCUUCACCCUGGGAUAAGACCCACGUUAGCCCGACAGUCCAUUCACAGUCACGUGAUCAUACACAAGAAGGUGUUUGUCUAUGUUUUUAGGUCAUUUCACCUCAGUUACCUGAUAUCGUAGCGUGAAACACUACUAUUGUUGUUGAUUCAUAGUAGUAAUGAAACUGUACUUAUGCAUACGAUUUAAAAGGACAUGGCUAGCCAAUGAAAGGCAAGUAUUUCCCAUGCCCAUGACCAAUAAUGUGGCACUUCCUCCCUCUAGUGUAGGGCCGUGCUAUCUUUAACCUAUCAGGGUCAUCCUCAGAGAGUCUUAAGGUGUGUUCACAAAGCUAAAAGUUAAUAUACAGAGACGCGAGUGAAUGCACCUUUAAACGUGAAUCAGGAUGUUGAACGAACAUCAUGAAAUCUCAGCUAGCUGUUUGCGGUUAUCAUCCAGAACACGUUAACCCACAGGCUCUGAUUUUAAAAUGUGAAUGUUUAACCCGAGGCUCGACGUGAACUCUGAGUUAAUAAGUUAACGGGCGUGAAAUGAGGUCGAGCCCUUAACUCUGUGUCGCCCUGCAGGGUGGAGGUCAGCAGGCCUGAGAGAUGAGUGUCAGGAGCCUUUCAUGUUUCCCAGCCAAAUAAGAUCUGACGACCAUGUACAGUAACAACAUGCUGAGGGUGUGUGGUUGUUAGAGUGACCUUUAAAAACACACUUCAAAGUGUGAUUAAAGUUUUAGCUCAUAGAGGGAUUGUUUUUUUUUUAAUGAAUCAUAUUCCAGCAGGGAGAUACAGCAGCAGCCUGGUUGCGGCUCUUUGUUGUUUGGAUUCCUUAAAAAUAUUAGAUACUAACAGAGAAUAAUUAGACCAUGUGCUGUAAUUAAGGUUUUUAGUCCUUUAACAUGAGUUAAAGUAGAGUAGACUAUAAUUUUACAUCAGGAAAACCAACUCUAAUCUAAUUUCACUACGGCAGGUGAGACAAGUUUCACGGUCUUCAUAAAUAUUAAUGUGAGCGUAAAGGUGGAAUGAUGUGUUUAACCUUGACUACAUCCCUCAUUACAUGGUUUAAAUACAUGUGUUUGGAUGAUGCCGUUAUGAAAGAGUCAGUGUGAUUACAAAAAGCAAAGAAUUUACUUGAAUGUCACGCUGUCAUACUUUUCUUUUACUGUUUUAUUCUUCUUUGGUCAGUAGUUACACAAAGACCCUGAAUAUUUGUAUUUAUUGAUCUAGACAUUGUUGUGGGUCAGUGACGAGGAUGUUUUCAUUCUUUCUGAUUAUUUAAAACUUAUAUUUUUAUAUAAGAUUAUAAUGCUGUAAAAUCCCAACUUCAAACAGCGUCUUACUAAGCACUUCCUGUGGAGUGACCACCGGUGGCACUGAAGAGCAAGUGCUCCAUCUUUAACGACCAUGCAGGUCAUUUUAUCUUUCCCCUGAGAUACGACCUACAGGAGCGUACCAGCGCUGACACACCGAACCUUUGUGCAACGAUAAUGAACCUGCCGUUAAGGCUGAGUAACAGUCAGGGUUUGGUUGAGUUUAGGCACAAAAACUACUUAGUUUUAGGAAAAGACUCUAGUUUGGUUUGAAAUAAGUACUUCCUUAAGGUUAGAGGACCUUUGUCGUCAUGGUUACAAUAAUAAACACAUGUUAACGGUUGUGUGAUGUUGUGAAAGAAACGACACUGUUGAUCUCACAUAGUUUCACACGGGCAAACAGGAAGUUGAAGAGAUUUAUAUACUGAUAAUUCAGAAAACUGUAAUGUUACUGUCAUAAAACUCAAAAACAGCAAGUGAAAUAAGAAUUUAUCUCAACAACUGGCUGUGUCUGUCACAUGAAAGUAGCGAGAACUGCUGCAUUACAAUUAGUUUUAUUUGAUUUGUUUAAUCCAUCCACACAAACCAAAGUGUAAAAAUGACACUUUGUGGUUUUAUGUGAGGGUUUUUAUGUGCUGGGCUCCUGGACUGAGCCCACAAGACUCCAGGAAGCUACUGCUGCGGGCUAGCUUAAACAACAACAUACAAAAUGUUCAUUAUGAGCUUUAGAGAUGCUGGUAGGCUGCUUUUGUCCCCUCUGGACAGAGCCAGGCUAGCUAGGGGUUUCCCCCUGUUUGCAGGCUUUAUGCUAGGCUAAGCUAAGCUAAGCUAACCACCUGCUGGCUAUUAGCUUCAUAUUUUACAGACAUGAGAGUGGUAUCAAUCUACAGUAACUCUCAGCAAGAAAGGGGAUGUGUACUAUUCCUUUAAUAUGCUACUAGUAUUCAAUCACACUAUGUGCAAUGUUGACAUUGUGUACAAUUGUUUAACAGACACUUUAGGAGCCGUUCAGACUGUUAAACACAAGCUAAACUGCCAAACAAAAAUCUAACACAUAAGCAGGAAGGUUUGCAGUGAAUGUAGUGGCAAUGUAGUGCAACAUGCAAAGUGAUGAAACAAUAUUAAACUCAGCUCCACUCACUGUGUUUGCUGCAUUAAUUCACUAAAUGCUGUGCACUAGAGUACAUGUUGGUCAGUAUCACAGCUACACCUGUUGGCUCCUGUUGACACCAAACAGGCUGACAGUGAUUAGGGGAAUUUAAAAACAGGUCAUGAACCCUGCAGUAAAAUUAGACACUAUGUUCAAGUUUCAUACCUACUGCAGUUUUAGAGCAAAUGUUUUAUGAUAAUAAUAAUAAUUUUAUUCAUAGAACACUUUUCAAGCAAAAGCACAAAGGUUUUUCCAAAGGUGAAGAAAAUUAAAAAACACAGAAAACAUUAAAAACAACUUCAAAAAGAUAAUAAUAGCACAGGUACAAGUACACAUAGACAUAUACGUACACAAGUGCAUACACAUACACAUUCACUCUCAUGCUGACACUCAAAAAACGAAAUUAAAAGAUAAAAACUGAUAAAAAAAAAAUGGCCAGAAGUGUGUGAUCAGUUGUUUGUAAAAGCUGUUCUGUAAUAGCAACAGAGUCAGCUGACCUGAUGCUCAGUGGAAGGCUGUUCCAGAGCCGAGGAGCCAGGACUGCAGAGUCUCGAUCACCCUUUGUUUUUAACCUGGACUCUGGAGUAGUGAGAAGGCCCAGACUGGCAGACCUGAACAGGGUUACUGAACAUCUUUAGAAACCCUGUGUUUACUCAUCAAACUCUCUCCUGGGAUUAUUUUUGUGAAUGAACUUUAUAAUCAGUAGUGUGAAAAUCAAAGCCACUGGAGAUGAUGAUGACUGUAAGAGUGGGUGAAAUGCUGGGGGUGUGGGCUGAACAAAUAUGGUAUCAGGUUGUGGUUCUCGUAGAAGGAACACUUAUUUUGUUAAUGAUUUCUUAUGUAAUAUGCAUGAUGGUGUAAUUUAAAUACAGAAAUUAACACAAUUUUUGGGUUGUAGCAACCACUCCUUAGCAACAGUCAGUCAGAUACUGUGUAAAGACUGUAGAUGAUAGUUGAUAUGCUCUUCAUUAGGUCUCACACUGAUUCAAUCAUUGGUUUAUCCAAAAAAAUGUACUUUUGUUUGAAGAGGACAUUUUUUGUGUGUUGUUUUAGUUCCGCAUCAUCAGACUGUAACUUGAGCAAUUGUUUAAAUGUUUCAUAAAGAGACAAUGUAAACUACCUGUUGCAUGUAUUAUAAAGCAGAGAUGGACAGUGUAAUCAUAGGAAAUGAUAAGACAGAAAGCCUGACUCAGCCACAUUUUAGGGGCCAAUUAAAUGUCAGAAGUGACAUUUAACUGGCUGUGAAAUGUUAUUUGAGGGGCUGUUCUGAGAAUAUCAGCUGUUUUUGAGUCAUAAUUUAAAUAAAUAUUUGCAGAUA